CAACCCCUUCGAAAUACUUGGACCCGACGCCCGGAACGAAUCUCUCGCCCCGGCGGACUCGCGUCCAAGCCACCCCCUCGUCUUUUCCCCCCUUCCUUCUUGUCUAAGAUGGCCAGUAGCCACGGUGUGGCUCGAACCAUCCGCAUCCGCACUCCAGCCCAGCGCGAAGCCGACAAGCAAAAGAUCGCCGUAUACCGCGACCUCGACUCCCGUCUCCUCGCCCUCAACGCAUCCCCCUACCCGUCCCCCGCAUUCGCGGACCCAAGCGUCCUGGCCCUGACCGCCGAAGUCCUCUCCCGCAACCCUGAGCACUACACAGCAUGGAACGUCCGCAGGCGCUGCCUAACCUGUGGCUCCUUCUCAAGACACUCGCCUGGUCCCUCGCCAUCGGCGCCGCCCGGGACUUCUUGGGCUCCUACCACACCAUCACCGUCAUCCGCCGCAUCGUCGCCCUCGUCCUCGGCCGUGACCCGUCCAGACCCCGCGUCCCAAUGUCCGCCUCCGAGUGGGCCGAGUGGUACGAGGCCUGACCCAGCCAUCGAUCCUGCCACCGAUCCUGCCACCGACCCUGCCACCGACCCCGACAAGACCCUCCGCUCCGAGCUCCAGUUUACCUUCCCUUUAAUCCGCGCCAACCCCAAAUGCUACUGGAUCUGGAACUACCGUCUCUGGCUCCUCCAGCAAGCCAUCAAUCUCCUCCCGGCCCCCGUCGCCCGCCGCAUCUGGGAGGAGGAGCUCGGCCUCGUCGGCAUGAUGCUUAACAAAGACCAACGCAACUUCCACGCUUGGGGCUACCGCCGCCACGUCGUCUCCAACCUCGAAAGCCCCGCCCUCGCGGGUGCCAGCAUGGCCGAGGCCGAGUUCGCCUACACCCAGCAAAAGAUCAGCAGCGGCCUGUCCAACUUCUCCGCCUGGCAUUACCGCGGCCGUCUCAUUCCCCAGCUACUGACCGAGCGCGGCGCCGGGGAUGCGGAGCGACGCGCAUUUUUAGAUGACGAAUUCAGCCUUAUUCGCCGGGCGCUAGAUGUCGGCCCCGAAGACCAGUCCUGCUGGUAUUAUCACCAGUUCCUUGUCUCCAACAUCACCUCCGCAUCGAGCCGCCUGGCCAUCGCCCCCAACCUACCGUCCGCCGAUGAGGUCUCCAUACUGCGUCACGAGGUGGAGUACAUCAAGGACCUGCUCGAGGACUACGACGAGGACAUCAAGCUUGCGUUCGAAGCGCUCAUAGAUCACAUCUUGGCCAUUGCCCGGCUCGAGGACCGAGAGACGACCGCGGAGGAAAGGGGUGAGUUGGCUACCUUGCUGGCCAAGCUAAGAGCAUCGGAUCCCAUGCGCAAGGGCAGAUGGGAUGCUUUCGAGAAGGACAUCGGUUUGAGCCCCUCCCGGUGAUGGUGACGAAAUUUUAUGAUAUGAAUGACGGGUUAGGGUUAUCAAGGACAGGCAAGCAGGCAUUACGAUAGUCUGUAUACGAAACCCAGUGGCGCCAUUAUGCCACUGCUACAUAGAGAUUACCAACUUCGUAAAUCGACCUGGAACUUCUCUCCCAAACAUCUCGUGUAAACCGGAUGGAUGGUGAUGGGCCUCUCACUCUCGUCCCUCUACCUGAAGCCGCAGUUUUCCUUGACCAAACUGGCGUUUUCCCCGACCAAACCAUCAAAGUAGGCCAGGAGGGUCUCGAUAGGGAUCAUGUCCAAGAGACCCAGUGUCGGACUGGACGACUUGAAGAGCUGUCCGCCAAACAG